AUGGAAAAUGUAACUAUCCUUAAUUUCUUGAUGUUUGAAAAUCUGGGGUAUUUCCGAUAUAUUUACUUUCUUCUGGGAUUGAUUUUAUAUUGUACAAUUGUACUCUUCAACAUUAUUAUCAUUCUGGCAAUAUUUAUGGAACGUGCAUUGCACCAACCUAUGUACCUUUUGAUUUCAUGUCUAUCAAUCAAUUCUCUUUAUGGCACUGCUGGCUUCUUUCCAAGAUUAUUAACUGAUUUAUUGCUACAUUCACAUACAAUUUCUCGUCCCGCAUGCCACAUACAGACUUUUGUUAUUUAUACUUAUGCAUCAUAUGAAUUCACAAUCUUAACAUUAAUGGCAUAUGACAGAUUUAUCGCAAUAAGUAAACCCUUACAAUACCACAGCGUUAUGACACCCAAAGUACUUAUUGUCAUGGUAGCGUUAUCCUGGAUUUAUCCAAUGUUUUCAAUUGGUAUUGGUAUCAUUGUUACUGCAAGGCUAAGACUGUGUGGUAAUGACUUAAGAAAACUGUACUGUAACAACUGGAUUAUUGCAAAACUCUCUUGUGAAACUGCCACUCUUGACAACAUUUAUGGCUUUGUAGUGCUAAUAACAACAGUUUUGAUCCCCCUGAGUUUCAUUAUGUAUUCCUAUGUUAAGAUUCUUAUAAUUUGUCAGAAAUGCUCAAAAGAUUUGAAGAGCAAAGCUUAUCAUACUUGUCUUCCUCACUUGGUGACCUUUGUUAAUUACUCAAUUACAAUUUUCUGUGAAAUGACCUUUACCCGUUUUGAAAAUUUACAUCCAACAGUAGAUGUUAUUCUCUCACUAGAGUUUCUUAUUAUACCUCCUCUCUUAAACCCCCUGGUUUAUGGAAUUAAUUUUCCAGACAUUCGCAGAAAAAUUCACCAUCAUUUGAAAGCAUCUAAACAGUUAAUUGUAUCUGCAUGUACCACUUUUACCUAA